AACAAAAUUUUCCUCAGUCCGAGAAGGGAACUUGACCGAGACAGUGAAAGAGAAACCCUUCGAUCGAGUUGCGGUGGGCGCGUUCUAGCUUCAAUUCAAGGCAGUUCGAAAGAAGGAUAAAACAAGGAAUUAUACGUUUUUACCAGAGACAUUUUACUACUAUGGUUUCCUGGGGCAUUACAUAGUGUGAAUGACAAAGUUGAGGGAGCGCUGGCAAGGGUUGGGUUAUGUGUGGUGUUGUGUAUUAUUGCAAUUCAUUGAGAAAUCCGACGAAUCAAGAGAGAUGGGUUUCAUUGUUGUCCCAUCUGAACUGUCCAAACGAUUCGAUUAGAUGCUUAGUGUUGGAAAGCCUAUAUGCUUGUAAGAACAUAGUUGGGCCCGCGAAUGUCGUUCGUUCGACAGUUGUGCUUCGAUGUAAACUCUGCUCUCAUAGCGGUUAGGCCGGGGUGAUUGAUGGGAACGGGAAGAUUUCAAUUUUGCUUUCUACCUUUCUCGAUGUUCCGACCUAUGCGACAAUAACGACGACGUCGUCGUUGCGAUUACUACAAUAGAGCCGGAGGUGAACCGUGGUACCGGCUGUGGAAGAAGAUAUCCGUCGGGGGUAGGCAUUCAUUGACUUUCCGGUGGGUGUUUGAAGUGUAAAUCAUGGUGAAGUGGGAGGCCUGGUAGCAUGUAACGAGUGUUGUUAUUUCUGUUGAGAUUGUGAGAGUUACGAGGCAACCAGUGCCCAGUUGAGUGGCACUUGACAUGAUGCCGCUUCAUUAGUGUUCUAUUUAAGUUAGUGCGAAAGAAGGAGAUCAUCAGACAAGUGAACAACGAAUUGAAAUACUUAUUUGUCUUCUUGAAGAUAAGCCAACGAGAAAUAAAUGAUAACCAUGGUGGUCUAAAAUGGAAACAGCAACAACAAACGAACAACGGUGUAAGACAUGAUUGAUAACAUCAUGACGCGUGACAGCGAAAUACCGGCCAUAUUCAACCCCAAACGUGUUCGAGCCCCCUCCGUCGUAGUAACAGGAGAUUCGCCAAAUGGCCCCUUCGGUGGGUUCACCAACAAUGUGCCACAGAUCAUGCACUCGGACUCGGUGACAUCGAGUCAGCACGACGGACAGGACAGCCUGAUUGGGGUGACUGUCACCGGAACGGGGGGCUGUGAUACACCAACGUCCGGUACGGCUCAGUUGGGGACGACCCUGCCGAAUAACACCAACGCCUCCGGAACGCCGGUACCGGUCACCUCCCGGCUGAAAGGAUGCCGUGAUUCUUGCUGUUCGGAGCUGGCCCAAAAAAUGUACUUUGGAGUAUGUGUCACGAUUUUGGUGACGGCCUCCUGGGUCGGAGCGACCCACUGUAUCAAAUUUCUAUACCUGCAGAGGAAUGCAUACGCCUCCACACUACCACCACACCUGACGGCCCUGAUUACCGACAACGAGAGUCCGAUCACCCCGGACACCAACACAUCCGUCAUGAUUGUGCACGGGUUCGGCCCAACGACCUCCUUUAUGCCAUCCACCACCAAACCGAUCGUGACGUCGGAUCACGGCGGUCCACCCCUAUCUACCCACAUCUUCAAUGCGCCCUUCUUCGCUUCUUGGUUCUGCACGAACUUUGCCAUCCUGUUCUUCCCCAUCUACAUCCUGGGUCGGGUUGCGAUUAAACGGUGUGAUGGAACCAGCGAGGUGCUGGGAGAAAUUCUGCGGGGUUUCCGGGACCGAGGCUUCACCAUAGGGCGGUUCCUGAACCGCUGUCUGUCCUUCUGUAUGCUGUGGCUGCUGACGACGUAUCUGUACGCGCUGUCGCUGAAGGCCCUGCUGGCUACCGACGUGAUGGCACUGUUCGCGACCAACGUGGCGUGCGUCUAUCUGCUGGCCUGGGUUAUACUGCAGGAGCAGUUCGUGGGAGUGAGGAUCGUGGCCGUCAUCUUAUGUGACACGGGAAUCGCCCUGCUGGCCUACAUGGAUGGUAUUACGGGUAGCCCAACGCUGGGCGGAGUGGUUCUAGCUGCACUGGCUGCCGCCGGGUAUGCAGUUUUCAAGGUGAUGUUCCGCAAGGUAAUGGGCGAUCCACCGGUGGGGCAAAUUGCGUUCACCUUCUCCAUUAUCGGUUUUUUGAAUGCCGCCAUCCUGUGGCCCGUUUGUAUCGCGCUAUACUUCACCGGGGCGGAGAUGAUGCCGUGGGAAACAUUACCGUGGAUAGUGUUGCUGAUGGCCAGCAUUCUAUUGCUAGUUUUCCACAUUUUAACGCAGUUUAGCAGCGCAGUUACGUACAAUAUGUUUGUCACAUUAGGUUUAAUAACGGCUGUUCCAGUGUCGGCAGCCCUAGACAUUGUGUUAUACGGAGCGCACUUUGCCGGAAUGAAGCUGGCGGGUAUUAUAUUAAUAGCCGUUGGCUUCUUCCUGGUCAUGUUCCCCGACAACUGGCCAGACUAUAUCACCCGGCUGCUCAGAAAAACUGGUCGUGCAUUACUAAGAAACCAAUGUUGUUGCGAUUCCGCUGAUAAUGAUUACGAAAAUUCGAAAUAUCAUCUUGUUGGGACACAACGCGAGAUGGGGCCGGCAUCCUCGAAGCGGAACUCCAUCUCAACAUCGCGACGUCAUCGACUAUCGGACGGGCUACAUUCGAUCGCAUCUUCGCUCUCCCUCUGGCAGGGUGAGAUGACCGCCGAGCAGCAGUUGCACCAAACCUCCCAGCAUCAUCUGCAGCACUUCCAGCACUACAUUCGCAGUGACUAUGGCAGCGAUACUGUUAGCCUAAAUUCCAAACUUCGCCAUUACUCACUCACGGAGACAAACUUUUUUCGGAAACCCGGCGGCGGCGGAUUUGGCACUAGCAAUGCUAACACCAACAGCAAUAGCUCGACGAUAGCUUUGCCCACUCCCAGGCAAACCCAUUGCCGCAGUAAUUCGUAUGGGUCACUGCAAUAGGGUUAUUUACCCAAAUCCAAGUCAGAGAAAUGCAUCCGAAAAUAAUCAUUGGAAUUCCGGAUGACUAAAGUUCAUUUGGAAACAACGGAAAAUUUAAAAACUAACUGGAAACUCACUAUAGAACAAUGGAACAAACAUUCAAAUUUUGAAAAUAUUAGACCUUUAGGUCAACUGUCGAAACGAAUCCUCUUCUUUUAUUUUGCCAAAUUUAUAUACGAAUGAUGGGUCAUAUACAAACUUCACACAACAAUAGUAUCACCUUAUAUCCAAUAUAAUAUAAUAUAGCAAGUAAAUAUACAGAGAAGGGUGUUAUGUUCAAACCCUCAUUCAAACUUCGAAACAAAAAGUUUUCCGUGUGCGGUGGAUACACACACAGAAGCACUAAAACUUUUCAAUCACUGAAUCUUCUAAUACGAGUUAAUAAUACACAAUGAAACAAGAUGGUCAAUAUAGCAAAGCAAUACACCAUUUCCAAGAAAAAUGUCAAGAAAGUCACAGUCUUCACUAGUCGAGCGAUAAAAUUAGAAGUAGACUUAGAAAAAAAUGAAAAAUUUUAGACAAUGUUGCCAAUAUCUGCUCAAAAUUGUAAUAAAAAUUUCUCUUCUUUGUUUACCUUCUACAGCAAAAGACACCUAAGACAAGACCUGAAAAUAGAUGGCUCGAUUCCAUUCUCAAAGUAACCGAUUCUGACAGUUAUGAACCUUGGGAAAAAGAUAUUCACGAACGAUUUUCAAACAAACGCUUCUUUGUAACCAGUAGUGCUCUUGAAUAAAAUGCACUCAAAUUCAUGAUUAACUGAAACAAUUUAAUUUAUAAUUAAGACACUAAAAGGUUCUUUCCCAUAAAGUACUUCACUUUUUGAUAAUGUAUUUUUCUGCAUUUUAGUUUUUUAUUGUAUUAAUUUUUUGAUAAAUUAAAUGAAUCAGGCAUUAUCAAUAAAAUAUCAGAGUCUCGUCUAUUCUGUUAUCCUCACUACACUUUGGAGCAUAUAUGAUAUCUAAUAAAAGGUUAUGUUUUGUGGGAUUUUUUUAUUUGAAACUUACCACGUCAGAUCAUGUCAUGAUCUGAAAUAAAAAGUAUUUGAUAUUUACGAAUGAAUAUCUAGUAGCGAUGAAUACGAAAUAAGUAUUGUGAUGAGAACGCAACUUUACCGUAACAGUUUGCAUUGAAACGAAUGAAUUGUGAUAAUUCUAAAGUAUGUGUUUUAUUUAAAAUUCAACGACAACUCAGUUCAUGUCUGUUCACUUAGAUCCAUAUCCGUGACAUGUAACGGGUUCGAUUGGUUUUAUGUUUCUAGAAUUAAAAGAAAAAAAUACUGAAAUUAGAAAAUUAACUCAGAAUUAAAUAUGUAAGGUUACCAAAACAUAUGUAAAAACCAUUUAGGCCAAGUGAUACUCCAGUUUCCUAUCGCAGUAUAACCAAAAACACGAUGUUGAAAGGAUAUAAUGGGAACGGUGAUCCGCUAGAAUAUGAUAACAACGCCCUUCACUGAGGGCUUUCACGAUAAUAUUUUAGAUCCUUUUCUAGAAUGUUUAGCUCACUAACUAAUACUAAGAUACACACAUUCAGAUCGCAAUGCAACAGAAGAAAAAUAAUUCACUUUACGAAGCUGAAAAUUGCAACAAACAACAAUCAUAUUGUAACCGCAUUUAAUCAAACAUAAAACGGAAAAUGUAUGGUAAUCAUAGUUCUUGAGCGAAUGAGUUGUGAAUUUCUCUUACUGGUUUUAUACAUAGAAAAAAAUAUGAUUGAGGAAAGCAUGCAAAUUUGAUCCCCAAAACUUUGAUAAGAUGUUUACUUUUUUUAUACUACAUAAUUUAACGUUAAUCCAAGGAUAGAAUAAACCAUUUGUUAAUUCCUGCUCUUACUUAGUAGGAAGUAGGCACACGAAACCACACCUGAACGUUUGUUUACGCUUCGUUAGAUGUCUAUAGAGGAGGCAAAAAAAAGUGAAUAGAUAGUUCGGAAUUAUUUUUCAAUAAAAUAUAUUAUGCAAAACA